GCGCGCAGCGGGCGCCAUGGACGCGUCGGCGCUGGAGCGGGACGCGGUGCAGUUCGCGCGGCUGGCGGUGCAACGCGACCACGCAGGGCGCUACUCCGAGGCCGUGUUCUACUACAAGGAAGCUGCACAAGCUUUAAUUUAUGCUGAAAUGGCAGGAUCAGGCCUAGAACAUAUUCAAGAAAAGAUAAAUGAGUAUCUGGAACGAGUUCAAGCUUUACAUUCUGCAGUUCAGCCAAAAAGUACUGAUCCUUUGAAAUCUAAACAACAGUUGGAUUUAGAACGUGCCCAUUUUCUUGUUACACAAGCAUUUGAUGAAGAUGAGAAAGGGAAUGUGGAAGAUGCAAUAGAAUUAUAUACAGAAGCUGUAGAUCUCUGCCUGAAAACUUCUGCUGAAACUGCUGAUAAAACCCUGCAGAACAAACUGAAACAGUUGGCUCGACAGGCACUAGAUAGAGCAGAAGCGUUGAGUGAGCCUUUAACAAAGCCAGUAUGCAAAAUCAAGUCAACAAAUAUUAAGCCAAAGCCACCUCCAACAAGAACACAUUUUCCACUGGGAGCUAAUCCCUUCCUUGAAAAACCCCAGCCAUUUAUCAGUCCACAGUCAUGUGAUUCACAAGGACAGAGAUACACAGCAGAAGAAAUAGAAGUUCUCAGGACAACCUCGAAAAUAAAUGGUAUAGAAUAUGUUCCCUUCAUGAAUAUUGAUUUGAGGGAACGUUUUGCCUAUCCAAUGCCUUUCUGUGAUACAUGGGGCAAACUACCAUUAUCACCUAAACAGAAAACUACAUUUUCCAAAUGGGUACGGCCGGAAGACCUCAGCAAUAAUCCUACAAUGAUUUAUACUGUGUCCAGUUUUAGCAUAAAGCAGACAAUAGUGUCAGAUUGUUCCUUCGUGGCCUCACUGGCUAUCAGCGCAGCUUAUGAGAGACGGUUUAAUAAGAAGUUGAUUACCAGCAUAAUUUACCCUCAGAAUAAGGACGGUGAGCCGGAGUACAAUCCUUGUGGAAAGUAUAUGGUAAAACUUCACCUCAAUGGUGUCCCGAGAAAGGUGAUCAUUGAUGACCAGUUACCUGUUGAUCACAAGGGAGAAUUGCUCUGUUCUUACUCUAACAACAAAAGCGAAUUGUGGGUUUCUCUCAUCGAGAAAGCAUACAUGAAAGUUAUGGGAGGCUAUGAUUUCCCAGGAUCCAACUCAAACAUUGACCUUCACGCGCUGACCGGGUGGAUCCCAGAGAGGAUAGCUAUGCACUCGGAUAGCCAGACCUUCAGUAAGGACAGCUCCUUCCGGAUGCUCUACCAGAGGUUUCACAAAGGGGAUGUGCUUAUCACCGCCUCCACUGGAAUGAUGACUGAAGCAGAAGGAGAGAAGUGGGGUCUGGUUCCCACACACGCAUACGCUGUGCUGGAUAUUCGAGAGUUUAAGGGACUGCGAUUUAUCCAGUUGAAGAAUCCUUGGAGUCAUUUACGAUGGAAAGGAAGGUAUAGUGAGAAUGAUGUAAAAAAUUGGACUCCAGAGUUACAAAAAUAUUUAAACUUUGAUCCUCGAACAGCACAGAAAAUAGACAAUGGGAUUUUCUGGAUUUCAUGGGAUGAUCUCUGCCAGUAUUAUGAUGUAAUUUAUUUGAGUUGGAAUCCAGGUCUUUUUAAAGAAUCAACUUGUAUUCACAGUACUUGGGAUGCUAAGCAAGGACCUGUGAAAGAUGCCUAUAGCCUGGCCAACAACCCCCAGUACAAACUAGAGGUGCAAUGUCCACAAGGGGGCGCUGCAGUUUGGGUUUUGCUUAGUAGACACAUAACAGACAAGGAUGAUUUUGCAAAUAAUCGAGAAUUUAUCACAAUGGUUGUAUACAAGACAGAUGGGAAAAAAGUUUAUUAUCCAGCUGACCCAGCUCCGUAUAUUGAUGGGAUUCGCAUUAACAGCCCUCAUUAUUUGACUAAGAUCAAACUGACCACACCUGGAACCCACACGUUUACAUUAGUGGUAUCUCAGUAUGAAAAACAGAACACGAUCCACUACACAGUCCGGGUAUAUUCAGCAUGCAGCUUUACUUUUUCUAAGAUUCCUUCACCAUAUACCUUAUCAAAACAGAUUAAUGGAAAGUGGAGUGGUCAUACUGCUGGAGGAUGUGGAAAUUACCAAGAGACCCACAAAAAUAAUCCCAUCUACCAAUUUCAUGUAGAAAAGACUGGGCCAUUAUUGAUCGAGCUAAGAGGACCAAGGCAAUAUAGUGUUGGCUUUGAGAUUGUCACCAUUUCUGUGGCGGGAGACCCCGGGCCCCAUGGCUUUCAGAGGAAAUCCAGCGGCGACUACAGGUGUGGGUUCUGUUACCUGGAAUUAGAGACUAUUCCUGCUGGAAUCUACAAUAUCAUUCCCAGUACGUUUUUGCCUAAACAAGAAGGGCCUUUUUUCUUGGACUUUAAUAGUAUUAUUCCCAUCAAGAUGACGCAGCUUCAGUGAUGGAGAAAGGUUAGCGGUGACCGGAUUUUUAUGCUCACCAAGCGUCAGCUCUUCAGCUGAGGGCUAAAAUGAACGCAGCAAGAGAAUUAGAGUGCUGAAAACUGACAGUGGGUGCCUGGUGCUCACAUCAGGGUGUUUAGUGAGAAUUGUACGCCGCUGGAGUGCCACUGACACAUGGCUUUGUAUAUAUGGAGCUGGUUUGGACUUAGGGGCCCCACUGUAUAAAAAAGUUGGUGAUUAAGGACUGGACUCAGUCAACACAGUUAGAUGAACCUGCGAGAGGGACUGAGGCCCCCUUAGGAAAAUGAAGAGCACAGACUCUGUCUGCAGCGAGCCGUAGGCUGGUGUAAUAGUCCGAAGUAGAUUGUCUGUCUGUCGGGCAGAAAGCAUGUUGUCUGUUGAACCUGCUUGUAUCAUGAUUCUUCUGUACAUCUUGGGCAACCAAUUACCAAAUGAAUCAUUUUACCAUAACACUUAACUGCAUUACCUAUGAUUUUAAAUGUUUAUUGUUGUCCAGGUGCUUUGAAAGAAUAAAGCUUUAAGAAAUACUAAUUUAGUAUAAAGGUACUCAAGAAUGAGAGCAGAAAUUAACUGUCUCCCAUCCAUGUAAAGAAAAUUAAGAUAUCUUCAUUAUUGCAAUUUUUCUUCAUUGGCUUAGUGAAUGUAGUCAUUUGCAGCAUUAAAGACACCACAGUUUAGUCAUUUUAAUAGUUCUACAAUUCUGUGUUUUUUAAAAAAAUACGAAUGAGAAAUAUAUAGUAAUUGGGGUUGUAUUCAGAAAAAAUUAUCAAGCUAUGACCAGUGUGCAUCAGAACCCAACAGAGCAGAACGAUGUUCCGGACUUUAGAGAUCAGAAAAUAAGUGGGAACUUUUCAUCAUCUCUACUUUAUAAUUACUAAAUGUAUUUUUAAUUUCUACUACCGUUAAUUGAAAUAAAAUGUUUAUACUUUAAUGGAAACUUCAUCAUUGAAACCAAGAAAAACUGGCUAUUAAAGGACUUUCAUCUUUUGUGUUC